AUUAGGAUCCUUUUUUCAUUUCUAAUAUUUAAUUUAAAAAAUAAAAUGAAAUGAUAGGAUCAAGUCAAGGAUAAACUAGUAAUUAUAUUGUAAAUCAAUAUUAUUAUUUAAAAUAAAAUACACUCAUACACACACAAACUAUAUGCGUUAUCCAAACCUUACAAAAUUAUCAUUUAUAAAUCUCAACACCUCAGCUCAUUUCUCACAAACAUCUAUCACUAAUCAAUCUCUCUUUUCUCUCCAAAAAAAAAAAUGAAGAACUCAUAUUUGAAAUUAGCCAUUUUUUCAAUUUUCUGUAUUAUAAUCCUUUCCAAACCAUCUCACCAACAAGCCAACAGGCAGUACGGCUUCCCAAACCCAAAACUGAUGAAAGCAUUCGAAGUUCUCCAAAUAUGGAAACAUCAAAUCAUUUCUGACCCAAAAAAGAUCACUCAAACUUGGUGGGGUCAUGAUGUGUGCAACUACACCGGAGUGUACUGUGCACCCACACCAAACGAUCCCCACAACACCACCACAGUGGCCGGUAUAGACCUUAACCACGGCAACAUUCAAGGCACAUUACCCGAAGAGCUUGGUGAGUUAACUGACUUAGCUCUGUUCCACAUCAACUCCAAUCGCUUCUAUGGAAAUAUCCCUAAAAGCUUUUCAUAUCUCAAAGUCCUUUUCGAGUUCGAUAUAAGUAACAACAAUUUCACCGGCAAAUUCCCAACUGUUGUUCUAUCCUUGCCUUCACUCAAAUUCUUGGACAUAAGAUACAACUCAUUCAAAGGCGACAUUCCCUCUGCCUUAUUCGAUUUAAAACUCGAUGCUCUGUUUAUAAACAAUAACAAGUUCAGCUCUAAUUUGCCCCAAAACAUAGGAAACUCCCCAGUUUCGGUCAUAGUUAUGGCUAAUAACAAUCUCAACAGUUGUUUUCCUUCGAGCUUAGUAAAAAUGAGGAAUACUCUUAACGAGUUAAUCAUCACUAACAGUGGUCUCAAGGGCUGUUUGCCCUCAGAUAUUGGAUUGCUCGACAAAUUGACUGUCUUCGACGUUAGUUCUAACCAGCUAGUGGGGUCGUUGCCGGACUCGAUGGGGAAGAUGAAAAGCUUGGAACAACUGGACGUGGCUAACAACAAGCUUUCUGGGUAUAUUCCACCGAGUAUUUGUGCCUUGCCCAAGUUGGAAAAUUUCACCUACUCCGGUAACUUCUUCUGCUCGGAGCCGGGAACUUGCCUGAAGUUGCCAAGUAAAGAUGACCGGAGAAACUGUAUUCCUUAUAGGCCUUUACAGCGUUCGAAAGAGGAAUGUGCCGCUUUCUAUAAAUACCCGGUUGAUUGCGCCGCCGCAGGCGCUAACUGCCCACGUAGAAGCCCUUCUCCUCCUCCGCCGUCACCACCGCCGCCUCCAGUUCAUCAUUAUUAAUAUGGCCAUGAGAUUGAGCAGUGAUAAUAUAUAAAAUUAUAAUUUUGUUUUUUAAACUUAUUUAUUUGCAUAUUUUUGUAGAAUUAAUUACUCUUUGGACUUAGGAUUAUAAAAAUAUAUAUAUUUAUGUUUGGUUUAAUUAUAGUGAAUAACAACACCUGCCUGGGAUUGAUGAAGCGGAAGAACUUUUGUUUGUUAUGACUUAUGAAGAUGGUGUGAUCGUUUUAUCGUUUAUACACUCAUUAUUUUGCUUGUCCUUUUUAUUUUGGAAAGUGAUUAUAUAUUCGGCUUGUUCAUGUUGAUCUUUUAACAUAAAUUAGUAUGAGGAUAGUGAUGACGUGAACCUCCUAUUUCAACUCCUAAUAAUUUUUGUUUAAAAAAUAUAAGCAUAGAAGUAUUCAUUAUC